AGCGGGCGAGCGAGGAGCGAGGAGAGGAAGGGGAAGACCGGAGAGCGGAGGAGUUUUACGGAGCUCGAUGCUCGGGGGAGAAGCAGCACAGAGGAAGCAGUGCGGCGGUAACCGGAGCUCCGGGCGAGACAAAGGCAGGGGAAGGAGCAGCUCAGUUUCCAGGAGGAGCGUGGCGAGCGGCGGAUAUUCUGAUGUUUUGCAAGGCGGCAGCAGAAGGAUCCAGAUGGAUGAAGUGAAAGCAGAGACCUGACCUCCGUCCGACUCCCUCUCUCAUCAGUCGGUCGCCCCACCUCCUCCACCUCCUCCACCUCCUCCACCUCCUCCCUGGACCCUCCACUCGGAGCAGGAAGCCCCCGGAGUGGUCGGCCAGCAGCCGGAGGAGCAUGGGCGCUGGAGUCCGGACGGCUGAUUGGUUGCCCACUCGCCCGGGGACCCAUGAGUAGCGGCGGCGGGGGCGGCGGCUCCAGCCUGCUGCGGGGCCGGCGCUUCUUCUGCCGGGAAUGGGCGCUGGAGAAGCUGCGGCGCUGCCUGGACGGCCGCUCGGCGCCGGGGCAGGCGGCGGGGCUGCUGCUGACCGGGGGCCCCGGCGCCGGGAAGACGGCGCUGUGCACCCAGCUGGUGUGGCCCGCCUGCAAGGCGGCGGCGGCGGCCGGGCUGGCGCGGCGCUGCCUGGCCUGGCACUUCUGCCAGAGGGAGGACCGGAGCAGCGCGGCGCCCUGGAGCUUCGUGCUGGGCCUGGUGGAGCAGCUGAGGGCGUCGCCGCUGCUCCCGCCCGGCUACCGGGAGAGCCUGGGCAGCCCCGCGGUGUCCGCCGCCCUGCAGCCGCUCGCCUGCCAGAAAGACCCCGACGACGCCUUCAAGAGAGCCGUGCUGGGGCCGCUGUUGGACCUGCCCCCUCCUGCCCAGACCCUCAUGGUCGUGGUGGACUCUCUGGACGUGGAUUAUGGCGGCGGCGAGGGAGGCGGAGGACGCGGAUCCAUCGCGGAGCUGCUCGCCGCCAAUCAACACCUGCUACCCGGCUGGCUGCUGCUGGUCUGCUCCGCCCGCCGCCACAACAAGGCCGUGUGCAAGAUGUUCUCAGGUUUCCGUAAACUGUGUCUGGACGACCUGCGGAAGCCGCCGGCCGUCCGCGACGUGCAGCAGUACAUCCUCUGUCGGCUGGAUGAAGACGCGGCGCUUCGACGCCAGCUCACCCCCGACACGGCGGACAUGCUCAACCUGCUGCACAUCAAGAGCGGCGGCUGCGUUCUCUUCCUGGAGCGUGUGCUGGACGGCGUGUCGGCGGCGCUGGUGGGCCUGCGAGAGAUCCGGGACAUCCCCGGGACUCUCAAUGGCCUCUACUUGUGGCUGUGCCAGAGACUGUUCCCCCGGGGGCUGUUCGCCUACGUCAGACCUCUUCUCAACGUUCUCCUGGCAGCGCCGAGACCCCUCACAUCCCAGCAGCUGUUCACAGCCGUCUGGACUCAGGACACUUCGCUCAGCCCCCAGGAUUUCCAGAACAAGCUGAGAACCCUGGCUCCUCUCCUGAUUGAUGGUCCUGGAGGUACUAAAUUACUUUUUCAUGCCAGCUUCACGGAGUGGCUGACUGACGUGAAGUACUGUACACUGAAGUACCUGUGCAGCCGAACAGAUGGUCACAGCAUGCUCGCCAUGGCUCUGACACUACGGGGACCCCAGCUGGACGUUGAGGACACUGUCCAGCUGGCUGUGCACUUGAUUUGCUCAGGUCACCAUAAAGAUAAACCUUCGCUGUUAGCACUGUGGAUGCUGUGGGCAGGUGUGCCGACACUUCCUCCCAGCUGCAGUGAGGCUGUCGCCACAUCCUUAGCUCAGCUUCCAGCUGCAGUACGUGAAGAGGUCCCUCAGCUGUUAAUGAGAAGUGGCCUUGUCUCUACUGACUGUUUUCUGGAUGGAGAUCCAAGUUUUGGAUUGUAUCGUCUUGGCGCAGAAGGAACUAAAUCACACCAGGCAUUUGAAAAGGAACUGGCCAUAAAGAAGCUGCUGGACAGUGGAGUGUCGGUGAACCAGCCUGGAUCUGCAGACGGACAGACUUUGCUUGCUACUGCAGCUCAUGACGGUUCUUCAAAUGUAGCAAAACUUCUUCUUUCACGUGGAUCUGAUCCACUGAUCUGUGACCAUCAAGGUCAAACUCCGCUGACUUUGGCGGCCAGGCAGGGUCAUGUGGAGGUCUUGUCUGUGCUCCUAGAGUGGUCCAAGAGCCAAGCCCUGGAAACCGCCACCCAGAUGAUGGAGCAUGUGGACAGUGAAGGCUGGACCGCACUGCGCUCAGCGGCUUGGGGAGGACACAAUGAGGCUGUCCGCCGGCUGCUGGAUGCAGGAGCUGAUGUAGACGGAUGUGACAGCGAUGGCCGGACUGCUCUCAGAGCUGCUGCAUGGGGGGGGCAUGAGGAGAUUGCCCGGACCUUGUUGGGCUAUGGGGCACAGGUCAACAAAGCUGACAGCAAAGGUCGCACGCCGCUCAUUGCUGCUGCCUAUAUGGGCCAUCACGAGGCUGUGGAGAUCCUACUGGACCACCAUGCCGAGGUGGACUUGGCUGAUGGAGAUGGACGCACGGCCCUGUCAGUCGCGGCUCUCUGCGUCCCGACAGCUGCAGGCGUGAAAGGGUUUGGCGAGGUGGCGAGUCUGCUACUGGAGCGCGGAGCAGAUCCAUGCCACCGAGACGACGACGGGAUGACGCCUCUGCUGCUGGCUGCUUAUGAGGGCCACGAGGACGUAGUGGAGCUUUUGUUAGAAGCUGGUGCCGACGUGGACGAAACUGCCGGGCCUGACGGCGGCGUCCCCGCUGCAGCUGCCGUUACCCCCCUGCUGGCAGCCGCGGCCAUGGGCCACAUGAGGACGGUGUCCCGGCUGCUCUUCUGGGGGGCGGCUGUGGACGCCAUUGACUGCGAAGGCAGGACGGCGCUGUGCCUGGCGGCAGCGCGAGGCAGCGUGGAGGUUGUCCGAGCCUUGCUGGAUCGAGGCCUGGAUGAGAACCACAAGGACGACCUUGGCUGGACGCCGCUCCACGCCGCUGCCUGUGAGGGCCACCGGCCCGUCUGCGCCGCCUUGACGGAGCGCGGCAGCAUGGCCCGCGUCGGAGACAUGGACAUCGAAGGACGCACGCCGCUCAUACUGGCUGCUCAAGAAGGUCACUGGAGCACUGUUCGGUUGUUAUUAGACAGGCGGUCUCCGAUAGACCACCGGGCGUACGACGGACACUCCGCACUGAGCGCCGCCCUGUUGGAGGGCCACGGCGAUGUCGCAGAGCUGCUCAUGAAGCGAGGAGCCGAUACCGACGUUCGAGACGCAGAGGGACGACCUCUGCUCUACCUUUUGGUGUUAGAGGGUCGCCUUGACAUGGCUACCCUCCUCAUAGAGAAAGGGGGUGUGCCCCUGGAGUCCCGAGACUCUGAAGGACGCACGGCCCUUCAUGUGGCUUCCUGGCAGGGAUGUGUUGAGAUCGUGGAGCUGCUUUUACAACAUGGGGCAAACCCAAAUGCACAAGAUUCAGAGGGGAGGCCGCCACUGCACUCAGUGGCGUGGACGGGACACGUGAAGGUAGGACGUCGUCUCCUGGAAGCAAAUGGUGUUAAUAUACACCUCACUUGCCAUCAGGGAGCCACAGCUCUGAGCAUCGCGGCCCAGGAGGGACAUGCUAACAUUGUUGGAAUGCUUCUGGAAAGAGGAGCAAAUCCUGAUCACAUAGACAAAUAUGGCCGUAGUCCUGUGAAGGUGGCUGGGAAGCACGGACACUUUAACAUCGUCAGACUCCUGGAAAGCUAUGGAGCCAAGCCAUACCAGGGCCCACUGCCUACCUCCAGCACUGUAUCUCCUGCAAGACCUAAGAUCCUCUACUCAGGCGUGUCUGACAGUAAUGGAGGCGAAGCAGCAGCUGCUACUCCCUCCUCUUCGGUGUCCUCUCCCAGCUCCACAGCGGAGCGCUUCCACUCCAUGCUGAGCUCCCAGGCCUCGUCCACCUGCCACUCCCUCGCCACGGUGCAGACGGUGCCGGCCGACAGCCUCAGCUUCGUCCAGCAGAUCCAGCAGCACUCACUGCCACGCAGUCGUAGCCGUCCCUCCACCCUUCCUCCCGCUGGAAGCUCGGGCGUGGGCAGCCUCCAUGGAAGUAGCCAGAGGCCUCCCAAAGGCAGCCCUCCUCCGUCGGUCUGUAAGGUCACCGCCAUGGUGCAUCACCAGGAACUGCCUCAGAAAGGUUUGUCGUCCGGACUCGACUGCCAUGACAAGCUGAGCCGGCUGAGCUCCAGCCUCAUCACAGCAGACGGGGCCGCUCACACCGCUGGGAAGUGGCACUCAGUCAUGGCUUCUCUCGGGAUAACGCCAGGACAAGACUGUCCCGUAGGUGUGAAGAGCAGAGAGAGCCCCCCUCUGGGGUACCCAUACCGGCUACAGAGCCCCCUCCAAGGGGGGGCCUGGGAUUCUGGAGCCAAGAAGAACAUUUUGUCACCAGUUUGCUACAAUUUUACCCCCGUCCCACCUCGUAGUGCCUUGCCAGAGAAUGUUAUGAUGCCCAUGACAACCACAGACCCACAGCUGAAUCUCAAACAGGCCAUCAAACUGCAGUUUGAGGGUCCCACCAGCGCAGCCUUAUACAAGAGAGAGACGCCCCUGUGACUGCAGGAAGUGAUCCACACUCAUGUUUUUAUUUGUUGGACUGUGUUGCUCAAGUUAUUAUCUGUUUGGGGCAUUUGACUUCGAUAGAAAAUGACUGAUUAAUGUACAAAGCUCAGCGUGCGUCUGUUUUCACCACAUUUAAAAAGGUUGGGCAAAUUGGCUUUUAAUUGCUUUGAGGCGUUCACUCAGCUUGCUCUCCACUGCUUCUGUUUGUAGCCCAAAUUAAAAGAUAUUUUCUGAGGCCAAUCAUCUACUAGAUUGUAUUUUUUCUAAUUUAUUUCAGAUUUAUUUGCUUUAAGGCUUGAUAACAUGCUUGAUAACUGGCUGGUUGCUGUUUCCAGCAGCUCACUGUCACAUCAACAGACUCAGGAAUCAUUCGCUCGCGGCGGCAGGCCUGCUGUCUUGGUUCACAUGGACUCGAGCAUGGCUGUGUUCGACGCGCAGAACAACUCUGGACUCCGUCGGUGGGGCACAUGAGCAACAGCAGCGCUUCAGAAAAGUUCUGUUUUCAGAGCGUUUUCAAAAAAUGUCACCUUCAGUGACUUCAGUCUCCUAAAAUCAGACAACAGGUGUGAAUUUUGCCCUGAAGGCGUCGUCAUAGAAACGUAAACAAAGUAAAUCACCUGCAGACUGAGAGCUGAGUCUUCACCCAUGAGCUUUAUAUACGAAUGACGGAUCAUGUGACCUUCAGAGCAGCUGAUCAUCUCUGCUGGAUCCAGCUGUGCAGAAGUUCAACAGAACUAUGAGAUUUUGACGUGUUCCAUUCUCUGUGUUUCAGGCGGAUAUUUCUGUUGUAUUCAAAGAAGGUUUUUUUUGUUUUGUAUUUUUGUGUUUGUUUUCCUUCACUAUGACUGGCUGUGCUGAGGGGACAGGAAGUGAUGCCUGACUCCGCCCUCUCCGGAGAAGCCGGAGCAGGAACAAACUGAAUGACAUGAAAAAGCCACAUUCCUGCCUUUCCGCUGCUUCUGCUGUGUGCAGAGUGCAGCGCCACUGAUAAGAGAAUGUUUUUCUACUGCAACUGUCAAGAGGACUCUGCUCUCCUUUUUAACUCAAACCUUAUUUUUCUAUACGUUCGUUUUCCAGCACAACUUUCCACUGUUUAAAAGAUCUUCUGUUAUUUUCUGGGUAUUUAUUCUAACCCUUUGAUGAGAGUUUUCUUAAGCUUUACAGAGAAAGGAGAAAACCUGGAUUUGAUGUGAUGUAAAUAAAG